AUGUGCUACCACCACGUACUCGACCAACAUCGGUUCGUUCCAGAGAGCGACUGCAAUUCCAAAGCGUUCCGUCGGUUUGCCACCCACGUCAUCCUCCUCGACUGGUACCUCGACGAAGGCGCGCCGAAUGCGGCCGGCGGCAACUACCUCAGCACCUUCUUGCCGCCAAGUAUGAUCCUUGUGGUCGACUCGUUUCUGUUUGCGCGUCAAUGCGGCGCGCCGACGCUGCUUCGCAUGAAGAAGAAUUUGCUGCAACCAAAGCUACUCUUGUACCUUCCCGAAGCGCUCCUACUCGCGUCGGCCAGCCAGCCCACGAUCGCUCUAGACCCGUAUGUCGGCGUCCUCGAGGAUGCGAUUGAGAUGUUCAACGUCGACGAACGCGCCAUCUGCCAUUGGCCGAAAUGA